UAACCGAGCAUGCACGUAAUUGUAAUGAAAAGUUCGUGCCGUUCGGACGCAAAAGCUGCGAUACUCAAAAAACUUCUCGUCCGAGCCGGUUUCCCGUGUCGUUGAACUAAAAACUAUGAGCCAUCUUGUUCCUAGUUCGGAAAAGUGGAAACAAAACCAAACUAUGUGCCGAGUGAAUUGAAUGGGCGUAGUUUUUUCCAUCAGCAACCAUAGCGUACAGUGUGAUAAGAGCAGUAAGCGGCGCAGCAAAGAGAUUCUUGGCCCUCGUCUCGUCAAGCGAAUCGUGUCGCAGAAGAAGAUGAAGCAAAUAAUGUUCGCGUGUGAGAGCAGUAGUGACCGAUAAACACUUCAGUGGUGUUCUCUCGAUCCAGUAGGAAUGAAUGAAUGACUACCGAAUGAACGAAAAAACCGAUCGACCAUUUCAGAAGCAAGCUGAUAGAAUCGACUGCUGCAAGUAGCAAAUGGAUUAAAAAUACGAAGCGAAUCACGAAAGCAAAAUUAGCCUUUCAACCAUCAUCUUAUGUACGGCGCCACUAACGAAAAGAGCAGAUUUUGGAUAAAGUGAAAAACUCAGUUAAUCGAAGGCAAGAUCACGACGACGCGUUGGACUAACAGUUUGUGAACAUUGGAUAGAAGCAUGUUGCAAUAAUGCCUUACAAAUGGGAGCCACGAAAAGAGCAUGUUUUGGCAGAAGCAAUUCGGUCCAGGCAACUACACCUGUAGGAAACAAUCAAGAAACACAACCAAACUUGAGAGUUUCAUCGGGAAAUCAGCAACAGUUCAAUAACCAUCGUGUAAGAAGAUUACGCUCUACUAGUCAAUCGACGUCUUCAACAAGCUUGAACAAUAUAAACAAUAACAGCAGCGGUAGUACGGCAGGAAAUACUUCCUGUAUAUCUACUGGUAACAAUACAACCAAUUGCACUGGGAGCUCUAGUAGUGGUAGCAGCAGCACUAAUAACACUACAAGUACGAACAACAAUAUCUCUACCUACAACCACAACAACUGCAGUACGCUAAGACAACAACGCCAUCAUCAUCUUCAUACAAUCCGAUCUGGUACUUCUAGUACAAAUUCAACGGCAUCCAACACGGGGGGUUUAAUCUCAAGAGUAUUCGAACAUAGCAGCGGUAGCGGCAGCAGCAAUAAUUCAUUAAAUUGCACAAACACCACUGUAAAUACCGCUACUGGUACGAUAUCAUCUGGCGGCGGUUCUACGAACAGUCCUAGUUGUAGUGUAGUGACAGCAUCUGGUGGUGCCGGUACCGGAGCAGGUAAUCAUUUUCGUCGAGUAUCCCCCGGUGACAAAAAAAUCCAUUCACAAAUUAAAAACGAUGACAAGAUGGAUGAAAGAAGGCAACAACAACAGCGAACCCCUGUUAAACAACAUCAACAAACGCGCGAUACAACACCAACCAGUCGUAAAACGGGAAAUCGAAAGGAUGAAGGAGGAGCGGGAGCACCAGGAGGAGCUUUGGCCAUCAGUGAAACGUCACCAAAGAAACACAACAAUGCAGUUCGAUGUCACGGGAUGAUCUCAAAGGUGUCCACCGUGGUUACUGAUAAAGAAGACAAUGAGGCUGCCGAGUCAGUGGUAGAAUCCGACAUAACCGUUCCCGUAGAGGCCAACGAAAGGAUGGAAAUGGUGUCCAGCAAGCAAGAAGAUGCAACAACUACAGAGGAUGAUGGUGGUGGUGGUACUGUCGAGGAACAUCAUCCAAUUGGAUCGACGAAAAUGCUGCCCGAGCAGGAAGGAAAUGAACCAACGACCAUAUCCCAAGAGGAAAAUAGUACCGCGGAAGCAAAAACGACACGUCGUUCAAAAACAACAACUAAAGACUCGGGCAUAUACGGUGAACAGCAACUAUCCAACCACCAUCUGGACGAGAACGGGGUGGCAGAAGAUGAAAAAGAGGAACCGCAUGAAAAUGAUGAUAAAGAAAUGGAUGUACAGAUACGCCCGACUGACCCGGAAAAUGUUCAUUAUGCAGAAGGUGAUUCGCGUGGUUCUGACAAUGCGCAAAGUCGGACCAUUCUACGUUUCGUGCGCAAAAGUCUUGAAAACACGGCCAUGUCAGUGAUAUAUUCGAAAAACUUUAUCGAAAAUGAAACUAUUGAGACGGAGUAUCCGCGCAAUCUGGAUGAUAAUAUUGAAAUUUUAAGUCGGGAAGCAGAGAAUUUAGCUCUACAGUUUAAGCCUUCGGAAGAAAAGCUGGUACAGUAUGGUCCAAUCUUCGAUCUAGAGAAAUUUGAGGAGCAACGGAAACAACAGAAAAAGGAGGACGACGAGGAUGAAGCUAUCGGCAUAUCACCGUGCGGUCGGUUUCUAAAGUACGAUAAAGAGGUUGGUCGAGGAUCAUUCAAAACGGUCUAUCGUGGGUUAGAUACUCAAACCGGUGUUGCCGUUGCAUGGUGCGAGUUGUUGGAGAAAAAGGUAAACCGAGUUGAGCGAGCUAGAUUUCGAGAGGAAGCAGAAAUGCUUAAAAAGUUACAGCAUCCUAAUAUCGUGAGAUUUUACAACUACUGGGAAGCGGCACCAACGGCUGGAAACAAGAAGAAAAACAUUGUACUCGUUACCGAGCUGAUGCUUUCCGGUACUUUGAAAUCGUAUUUGCGUCGAUUUAAAAAAAUUAAUCCAAAAGUGCUGAAGUCUUGGUGUCGGCAGAUUCUAAAGGGUUUGCAUUUCUUACAUUCACGCACGCCGCCUAUCAUCCAUCGUGAUCUGAAAUGUGAUAAUAUAUUUAUAACCGGAACGACAGGGAGUGUCAAGAUAGGUGAUCUAGGAUUAGCCACACUGAAAAACCGCAGCUUUGCUAAGUCGGUUAUCGGUACGCCGGAGUUCAUGGCACCGGAAAUGUACGAGGAACAUUAUGACGAAGCCGUCGACGUGUACGCCUUCGGCAUGUGCAUGUUGGAGAUGGCUACUUCAGAGUAUCCAUACAAUGAAUGUAAUACACCGGCACAGAUUUAUAAAAAGGUCACAUCCGGUGUGAAACCGCAAAGUCUAGAAAAGGUGGAAAAUCCAGAGGUGCGUGAGAUCAUAGAACGGUGUAUACAUGAUAAAAAGGAAGGACGACCAACAUGCAAGGAGCUGUUGAACUGUGAAUUUUUUUGUGAAGACAUUGGUAUCCGGCUGGAGCCCAUAUCGAAGGAUCUGUUCCUAACAAACCCGGAAAAUGUGCGCAUGGAGUUUCGGUUGCGCAUUAUGGAUCCAAAGAAGCGUGUUAACAAACACAAAGAGAAUGAAGCCAUUCAGUUUGACUUCGAUAUUCGCGUUGAUGAUGCUGAAGAGAUUGCUAACGAAAUGUACAAGUCCGGUAUACUGAUGGAAGACGAUUCCAAGACGGUGGCAAAGAUUCUUAAAGUGCAGAUUCAAACGUUGUUAAAAGAACGAGAAGAGAGAGCCCGACAACAGCAAGUAGAAAAAGACAAAGAAGCUCUUCAGAAGCAAGCAAUGUUUGCGCAGCAAUUGUAUCAACAACAGCAAAUACAGCAACAGUUAGAAAAUGAUCUCCAAGUGACCGAACUUCAAGUACCGCAGAUGACGCAACCAGUUCCUGUUCAACUAACGCAACAGCAGCUGCCUCAAGCAUCCCAAGGAUAUUAUCAACCAUCGUCGCUUCCAUCUUCCCAAGCACAGCAACUAAUUUACCAGCAGCAGAUAUCUGCUCCUGUCGGCAAUGAGCAACUGCAGCAAACCUAUCAACAACAAUCUGUUGGAGGUCAGUUUGUUAUAGGCCAAGGUAUACCAUUACAGCAGCCGAUGGCACAGGUUAUUCAACAGCAACAGCAGCACCAACAGUUCCUUAAUCAAAUGGUGUCAACUCAACCAACGCAGACAAAUUUGGCUCCAACGCAACAACCAAACUACAUACCGCAACAAGUGUUUGUAGAUUCCCAACAGCAGGCCCAUAUUAUGCUUCAACUACAACAGCAGCAGGGUCAGUCCCAAGGAACAAAUUUACAGUAUAUGAACCAAAUGGGAGCACAACAUCAGUUGGUGCAGCAUAUAUUUCAGCUACAGCAACAAAACUUUGCUAUGAUGCAACAACAGCAACAACAGGCCGAACUACAGGAACAGAUUUCAACACUAGAACAACAGCUCCAGGGAAUUAUUCCAAUUCAUAGCCAACCAGCCCAGAACAUACAACAACAGCAACAGCAGCAAAUACAGCAGCAGCAGCAACAGCAAAUACAGCAACAGCAGCAGCAGCAGCAAAUACAGCAACAGCAGCAGCAGCAAAUACAGCAACAGCAACAGCAGCAAAUACAGCAACAACAGCAGCAGCAAAUUCAGCAACAACAGCAGCAGCAAAUUCAGCAACAACAGCAGCACCAAAUACAGCAACAGCAGUUAAAACUACAGCAACAUCAUCAGUCGCCACAACAACAACCACAGCAACAGGCACAGCAACAUGUUCAGCAACAGCUACAGCCUCAGCACCAGGUGCAGCAACAAUCACAGCAACAACCGCAGCAACAGCCACACCCGCAACUUCAGCAGAUGCAAACGCAAAAUGUUUACAUACAACAACAAUCUCAACCACCUGCUAAUAACCUUACGAACAACCAGCCACAGCAAAUACAGGCCAAUCCAAAUAUGUACAUGCCGCAACACCUGUGCGAUACCUCAGUGCAGUUACACCAGUCUAUGCCGAAUCAAAUUGGAACUUCCCAACCACCACCGCAGCCGAGCUCCUCAACCACGAUUUUGAUGCAUCAUCAAGUUGUUGCCUCACAGCAACCUCCAUUGCCGCAACCACAUUUUGUUAAACAGCAAUCACCAUCUGUACUGACUCAACAACCGUCACAAUCUCAGCAAACACAAAUGACUCAGACGAAUCCGGUGCAGAACGCUCUGAUGGGGCAACAGCCUUCACCAGUCUCUGCAAUGGUACAGCAAACGAUUACUCAGCCUCAUUCCCAAGGAACCGCUCCACAAGAACUUGAUGGUUCAUUGGUAGUCACAAACUCUGGUCCCAUUUCAUCAAACGAAAACAACUUACUAAUGCAACAGCAAUUACAGUAUCAACAACAACAGCAGCAGCAGCAGCAGCAACAACAGCAGCAGCAGCAACAGCAAGAACAACAACAAUUGUUGCAACAGCAGAACUUUCAGCAACAAACAAUUGCUCAGCCAAUGGUCCAUAAUUCACAAGACGGUACACUGUUGCAUCAAGCUGUAGCAUCAGCAAAUUAUAAUGCUAGCCCAAUUAAUGGUGGACAACAAGGGACUAAUAUAAUGGCACCGACUGGAACAACCACUGCAGGAAGCCAGUCCGCAUCGGCUGGUGUCCAAGAUGCUAAUGUAUCGACAGCCACUCCUUCCAUACAGGCUGCACUACCGAAACGAUUGACAAACGAGAUGAAAAAACGUCGCAAUCAUCGUUCGACGGAACGAAACCCAAAACUGCACGUACUCGGUUACGAGAACAACAUUAUUGAAUGCGAGAUGGAAAACCGACCAAAAACAAUUAAGUUUAAGUUUGACCCAAGCAAUGUUAACCCGGUCGAGGUGGCCCAAGAUCUAGUCAAACAAGAUCUACUAAGCGAAUCACAGACAACGAUAUUCAUCGAAAUGGUUCGCGAUAUUCAACGACAACUAAAAGAAAAUCCAAACCAAUUACCGAUUGCAUCACAAUGCUAUCGCCGCUCAAUGGAAAAGGUGCGCCAUGCGUCUCUAACACGUCAGCGUUCGAAUUUUAAAACACACCAGAGACAUAGAUCUCGUGAUGAAACAUCGACAACGGCAGCAAAUUUUACGCACAUUUUUGACCCAACCAUCAUUGAUCGUCAAGCGCUUGGCACAGGGAUAUCAAGUACAACUACAUCCUCGACAUCAUCGUCGCCGCUGUCCCAACAGCAACUGAUCACAUCUUUAGUUGCAUCGCAAACGAACGAUGAGGUAGCUUCGCUCGAAAAAGCACAGUCAAGCGACGAAAAUGGUACUGAAGGUACUGCAGGACCCAUGCAGGAUCAAGAACUUAAUAAUGGGAUAACCGCUAGCAGUGACGAUAACCAUCAAACGUCCGUUACAACCGUCUGCAUGAUAACUGACGAAAGUGUUAUCGAUAAUAAUAGCAGCUGCGAUGAAAAUUCCCGUAAAGCAAGCACUGUUAGUACGGAUUAUACAUCGCACGAGAACACACCGGAAAACACAAUAACUUCGGGAAGCAAUUUAAGCAUACUGCAGCCUCGUUUAAGCUUCGGCGAACAGGACAAUAUGGGUGCAGUAGCAACAUCUGGCGAACGUCAAUUGGCACCAUCGCUGGUUCCAAACGAAGGAUCGUACGCAUCGGAGGAAACCGAACCCAAUGCAAUGGUGGCCAAUCAGUUGGAAGGAGCACAAGAGAGUGUUGCUAGUGUGGCCGGCGAUCCAGCUGUUGGUGCUGUAACUUCCACAGCCAUCAGCAACCUUCAGGCGACGGAAUCUUCUAGUCAAAAUAUAUAUCAGUCUUCAUUGUCUAAUGUAAAUAAUGCCGAAAGUAGCAAGACAAAUGAAUUGAUGCAGGUUGGUGACGAAACAGUGCUUCCGGCCGAUGAAGGUAUGGUCGAAUCGCCAACCAACGAAUCAAAUAAAACACCGAUGGUUACUCCCCAACUGAAAGAACGCAAACUUUCGCGUUUCUCUGUUACUCCCGUGAUUUUGCCGGAUGCGCUAGUCAUGAAUGAGCAACAAACGGGCAUAUUGAGCGUGGUGGAUUCUCCUAAACCUAUUCUUCCGAACACUGGAACAGAAACUCAAACUGAAUGUGCAGUAGAAAUGGUGGAUCCUUUAGCAGAACCGCUUGUACCACCGCAAGCCACAGAUAAUGGCCCAUUUCGAUCUGGUUCGAUGGAAUAUACUUUACAACCUACGUCAUCUCAACUCACGCAAACUGUUGAAUCCGUGGAUCCGAAUUUUACAAAUAGCUUCAACGAAGGCUUUCAACAACAGCAAGAUAUGUACCUUCAACAACAAUCAAUCAACCUUCAACAGCAGUCAUUAGCAAUUGCACAGCAAAUAACAACAAAUUUCGAAACAUCUGCGGCUUUGCAACAACAGCAGCAACAACUGCAGCAACAGUAUCAGUUACAGCAUCAGUUACAAAAUCAGCAAUUCCAACAAUUGAACCUUCUUCAACAAUAUCAUCAGCAACAAGGAAACAAUAUGAUGCUAACCGAAGCCAAUAUGACAGAGGCCGAUCAGCAGCAGCUGCAACAAAUUCAACUCCAGCAUCAUCAAUAUCAAUCGCAACUACAGCAUCAACAGUAUGCUUAUCAGCAACAGCAGCAGCAAAUGAUGCCGCAGCAGCAAAUACAGCAGAAUCAGCAAAUGAGGCCAGUAGAGCAGAUCACUUUGAUGUCUGCACAGCUCUCUGUCGAUCAGGGAACGCGUGAAGCGAUGGCCAACAGUAACCGAAUGCCAGAAACGUUGGAACAGCUAAAAAUAGGGUUAGAGAACAUAACACACGUUCACGUGAACACGAAUAAAUCAAGCGGCGGAUCAGCAAGCCUUUCGUCGCAGGCUAGCGCAACAGCACUAUCCGCGAUGGUUUCGCCGCAUCCGGUGCCCUAUCCGUCUGACUCGGGACUAGCGCAGCAAUCGCAACAGCCGCAGCAAGUGAUGUUUUAUCAGUCACAUGAGUAUGGUACCACGGACGCAAAUGGGGCGCCUCUAAACGAAAUGCACGAAGGAGCCGCAACAGGUGGUAUUGUUGGUAAAGCCCAAGAAUAUAUCGUUGAAGGUACGAGCUACGCUGCCGUCGUUGCUGGUGAAUUUAUAUCUCAGCCUGCACAACAGCAAACCGGCUCAGUGCAAGAUGCAUCGACCGUCGGUGGAUUGCAGACAGAUCAGACGCAGCAGUACGUAUCGAGGCGUACAUCUGCGGAGCUAAACAACACAUCCAUUGCAAUGGUUCCAGAUUCGUUAGAACCGAGCGGUUUUAAGGAAUCGGUCAGCAUUGAUAGCAGUAACAUUGAUUCGAGUAGCUCGCAUAACCGUGAAAAGCCACUAUCCAACCAGGGUAGUGUGGAUCGUAUCGACAGUAGUGUAACUGGCCUGCAGUUGAAAUUGGCACAGCUAACAGUUGGAACGGAUGCAUCUAAAGCAGUCACGAUAGGUGCCCCGGAUCAGCAAUCAAACUUGCCGCAACAAAUCCAUUCAGUUGUUACGAGCCCAUCUGUCGAGUCGAGCGGAGAGAUGAAGGUUCUAAGCGAACCAAAACCGCUGAUUCGAAAAGUUUCGCGCUUCCACGUUCAACCAGUGCAGGAAUCUCUACGUGCGGUUGAGCAACAGUCACCAGCCGUUAGUGCACAGCUGAAACCGGUCGUAACGAUGCCGGAUGAUGUACAGACAAACACUGCAUUCUCGUCACCAACGGAUGAAAAGUCCUGCCAAACCUUCCCUAUGCAAUAUCAACAGCACCAGCAAAUGCAACAGCAGACGGCAGCGGUUAUAUGCGAAGUUCCAACAACAAACGAUCUGGAAGCAAAACUAAAUCAAGUGCUCCCGAAAACUCCAAAUGUGGAAUCAGCAAUACUGAAUGCUGGGAACACCGUUUUGCAAGGAACCAUUCAACAAGCAACAGCAUUACCAUCAGCAUCUACCUUAAAAACAUCGCAUACUGUAUUGUCUUCAGCAAGUGUAACUUCGACAGUGCAGAUAGUGCAACAGCAGCAUCAGCAGCAGCAGUUGAUAACCAUACAGCAACAACCACAGACACAAGUGCAAAUGAACGCACAGGCUGCGAUACCGGCAAAUACAAACAAUGGCGUACAAACGACAUUGAUGGAUAGCUCCAACUACACCGUCGUUUCUCAACAGUCUCAGCAUCCGCAAACGCUUGCAGUAGCCCCACAACCACAACAGCCACAGCUUCCACCCGAACCGAACUUCAAUAAUUCAGAUAUUGGACAUAAUUUGACCGCCAUCCAAACGCAUCUGUGCGGGUUGCAGCUACUGCCAAGCGCCCGACAACAACUACAACUGCUGCUGCAGCGUCAGCAUAUAGAGCACGAGGAACUGAAAUUGCGUCACUUUCUUGAGCUGGAAAAGUUUCUGAAGCAGCAAAAAGAGGAAAUGAAGCUACCUUCGGGUCUUGCUGCAGCCGCUGGACCGCACCCCAAUCAAACUCAGCCAAUGAUCUCAACCCAGUCCUCGUCACAAUCCGUUGGCUCGAUAUCAUCGACUACAGCCCCCGAAAUGAUGACGGAUGUUACCUCGCCCACUGUGGCUCCCAUGAACAGUGUCGGAUACGAGAUGAACUGCCAAGGCAAACCGCUCAUGACGACAGCAGCAUCAUCGUACAACACGAGCUGUAACACGGACAGUGGAGCUGGCAGCGCAACGGACACAGAUCUGGAACUAGAGACCUAUACAGCGGCUGCUUCUAAUAGUAUAGAUGCGGCAGCCAUGUUACAGCAGCAGCAGCAGUUCCAACACCAGCCACAAAAUCAACAGUUUCAACAGUAGCAAAAAUAAUACAGGAGUUAUAUGUUCGUAAAUAUAUCUAUAUGUAAGUAUUUCUUUGUUGUAUCGGCCGAACAAUGUUUUAGUUGAGCAUCAGUUGUGCGUGUUACUGAAUGCAAAUGCAAUGUUGUUUGCCAACGAUUUUUGAUCAUUUUUAAAUUCAGAUUACGCUCCACACUAUCUUCUUCUUAUUCGGUUGUUGUAAAUAGGGACGAACAAAAAUCAUGCUACCCCCGGUAUAAAGAGAGUUCAUUUAAUGAGCACGAUCAUUGCUAUUAUUAUUACAACUACCAUUGCAACAAACAUCUACAAUAGUUCAAUUUCAUUUUCAAUCAAAAAUGGCCCAUUAAACGGUGGAACGAUGCAAUAUUUGGCACCGUUAGCAAUGACUCGAUUCUCAAAAAAAAAAUAAUAAUAAUAAUAAAUUAGCCAAAUGGUAUGUUCCGCUCCUCAAUUCAACAUUAUUUUUGAUUUCGCUAUGAAAAAGAAUAAAUGAUUACAUUUGUUACAUUUUGCACAUCAAUAGACUUUGGUAUAUAUAUAUUGACGUAUACACGCAACACCUGUAUGUGCUUAAAUGUAUAUUGGAAGCAUACUAUACAAAUAUGGAGACUCAUUUUAACAACACCUAUAUCAUUAAGGGUAUCUAGCUUGUGUGGUUAUCAUAGCAUUAAUGAUGCUACGCUUGGCUAUUGUUAAUACGUUCUAGGUUUUUUUUUCUUCUGCCGAUGUUGAAGCGACAUAGGUACAGAAAAAUGUUAAUAACGAGAAAAAUUAGACAAUUACAUGAGUAUAAAAAAGUUAAAGAAAGCUGCACAAGAAGCUGGUGUGUGUGUGUGAUUGUAAAAUGGAAAUGCUGGAAUCGAAAUAUAUUGCUAAACGUAUCAUUAUAACACGGAAAGCCGAAGGUAAAGAGAGGCAGGAUGCAUACAAUAUGCGUUAAAUUGAUUGAAAGUAGCUAUGCCAUAAGAAAUGAACUGUAGAUUGUUUCUAUUGUUGUUCCAUUAUGCGUUCGAUUGCUGCUGUUAAGGGAUCAAACAUGGUAAAAUGUUUAACAAAGCUGGUUUGAUGGACAAGGCACAUUCAACAGCAAGGAGAAAUAGAUGAUAGUGACGCCAUUUGGAAAGAUAAAAAUAUAUUAACUUCUUCGGCAUAUAUACAUAUGUAUGUGACCGCUACAUUGCGCAUAAGGAGAUGUAAAAGAUUCAAUGUAAUUAAGCGAAAGGGGCUCUCGGUGUAUGACAGUUCGAGUAAGUAAGUGAAGCAGCAAAUUUACCACUACAUGGGCUUACUUAUGAUAACAAAUAGGCAUAUUAUGCGGCUGGUACCCCAUUGUAGAAUAUUUGGGAAGUUGAAUGAAAACUUACUGUAGGUUGAUUUGCUUUCUCGAAGCUCUGGAUCGCUUGGUUUACGUCCACAAAAGCUGAUAAUGGCAUACCCGCGAGAAGUAUAGCAGAGAGUUUGGUACGUUAUGAUCCAGAUUUCACACAGGGUCACGCUAAAAUUUACUGUAUUAUAUUUUAUUCAACAUAAUUAAGAUAUUAAAUAUCUAUUCACAUCCCGCUAAA